UUCAAAGACUCUACAAAUCCCAGUAGCUUCUCUCUUACUCAGUCUCUCUCUCAUUCCCCCUCCCCUCUCUCUUACACACACACAGACUCCUUCUUUCUCUCUGCUAAAACUCCUUUCCAGAAUAGUAACAUCUCUUCCCCUUCCUUUCUAUUCCACUGGAUGGUUGCCCUGUACUGACUCUUAGCAACACUGAAGACAAGCAGCUUAUGCAAGACGUAUUGAGGCAGCUGGGAACUAGAUACCACAUGUCAGAGCUGGUAUAGAGCAUUAUUAAUUGAACAAGAGUAUAGAGCCUUAUCAAUUGGGCAAGAGAGAUGGCAGUGCUGAAGGCAUGCAGCGUCCUGGUGACCGGGUCCAACCGAGGCAUCGGCUUGGAGUUGGUCAAGCAGCUGGUGGAGAAAAGCAACCGACCUCAAUGGAUCUUUGCUACCUGCCGGGACCCAGAUGGACCACGUGCCCAGGAUUUGAAGACUUUGGCUGCCACAUACCAGGGAGUGGAGAUCAUCCAGCUGGACACCACCGACCCAUUCAGCAUCAGGGCUGCUGCAGCCAGAGUCACCGAGCGGCUGAAAGGAGCAGGGUUGAAUCUGCUGAUAAACAAUGCAGGGAUUGCAAAGCCAAAUAGUCUGGAAUCCGAGACACCAGAGGACAUGAUUGAGGUGUACAAGACCAACGUGAUUGGGCCGUUGGUGAUGAGCCAGGAAUUCCUGCCCUUGCUGAGGAAAGCAGCUCAGGAAAUCCCCCAGAAAGGGAUGACCUGCAGCAAAGCAGCCAUCAUCAACUUAUCCAGUUCAUGCGGCUCUAUAACAAAUUUGUUUGCAUGGGAAUUUGGACACAUCAUCAAUUACCGUUGCAGCAAGGCUGCCCUGAACAUGCUCACAAGGUGCCAGUCCCUGGGAUUUGCCAAGGAUGAGAUUCUGUGCAUUUCGUUGCAUCCUGGGUGGUUACAGACAGACAUGGGAAAUGGACCGUCACUGGCCCCAACAAAACUGGACGAAGGUGUGAGAAUCAUCCUGAAUACAUUGGCCUGUCUCUCUGAGAAAGAGAAUGGAGCGUUUGUGAACUGGGACGGAGAAAUCAUUCCCUGGUGAGACACUCAACUUUCGACGUGUCCACACUUCAGGAGGAGCUCCUUGCUCCGGGUAAAGCAAAUGCCUGAAGAGCUGAGCCUUUCACUGCAAUAAAUACAUUUCCUGCUGAAAAAGUUGCAAGCCCCUCUUUAUUCCUGCUGCCCUGUGUGCUGGGAUUCCUCCCACUAGGGUUAUAUCUCACUUUACCAGUGUGUUAUUUGUUUUUGAACAGUGCAAGUCUUGUGUGUCUCUUCUUGGCCACAAUUGCGCAAAUCAGCAUCCUUGAACACAGAUUCCAAGCGGAGGGCAAUGAACAUAGUAUGAGAAAUGGUGGGAUAGGUUAUUGGCUUGUGUGACAAAAUCACAACGCUUGCCAUGUAGCUUUAUUAAUGAAUAUGUGUGUUUGCUGUGUGAAACAGAAUACAGGUACAUUACGGUUAAUUGUUUUGCUG